GUGCUCCCACGUCACCGUGUCCGCGGAGGUGGGCGUGGCUUCCAAGGAGGCCGUCAACAGCAUGCGCUCCGAGCUGCUCGACCUGCCGGACCUGCUCGCGGUCCAGCCCUUUAUGCCCUCCCUGAACACCGUGGGGUGGUUCGCCUCGUCCAUGGUGCCCGUGGUGGGCACGCAG